AUGGCCGACCGCUUCCCCUCGCUCGAGGAUUUCGAUUCCGGAGCGCAAACCGACAUCAAGGACCCUUCGGCCGAGCCAUCCGCAGACGACUUCCUUGCCCGCGAAAAGGCCGUUCUGGGCGACGAUGCGCAGCAAUUCGUGACGAGCGACGAUGUUGCAGCGCUCGGCGAGCCUAGCGAUGACCUCCUCGCUCAGGGAGAUGCCGCCCAAUCCACAUUCGAGUCUCAGUUUCCUGAUCUUGCCAGCCCGUCUGCCGGCACCGUGGGCGCUCCCGGCGCUACGUCCAUUACAGGACCAUCCGUGAGCUACAACUCGGGCUACCAAGCACACGCGGAGGAUGAGGAAGAGCCCGAGGUCAUCAAGGAAUGGAGGGAGCGACGGGAUGCGCAGAUCGCCAAGAGAGCCGAGCAGUUUGCCGCGCAACGAGAAGAGACGAUCAAGGAAGCGCAGCAAAACAUCGACGACUUCUACGAAAACUACAACUCUAAGAAAGAGAAGGGCAUUGCGCAGACACGCAAGGACGCAGAGCAGUUCUUGGCCAACCAAGACGAUACGGUGUCCGGAGGAACGAGCUGGGAUCGCAUUGCCAAGCUCGUUGAUGUCAGCGGCAAAGGCACCCGAGGCGGUGCGGCCGGUUCUGGAAAGGAACGCUUCCGCGAGAUGCUGACUAGUCUGCGCAAGGACGAGAAGGCUCCUGGUGCCACGGGCUAUUAA